AUGAAAACGGUGUGUCGAACUUGUGAUGUGAAUGGCAUAGAUUGCGGCGUUGAACCCGGAUCAAAACUCGGAAAUGGAAUACAAGAUGCCGAUUUCGUAUUUUACGUUUCCGCAAUGCAAACUGAACGAUGCUACAAGGGUCUGACCGUAGCUUAUGCAGCGCAUUGUCAGCAAGAAGCGGCGCUUGAUAGGCCGAUUGCUGGGCACGCCAACUUAUGCCCGGAAAGUAUCAGUACUAAACCCCAGGAAUUGGCAACGCUUUUGUCUACAGUGAAACAUGAAAUUCUGCACGCAUUGGGUUUCUCUGUGAGUUUAUAUGCGUUUUUUCGGGACGAAUUUGGCCGACCACGUACUCCACGUAAAACUGAUACUGGAAAACCAUAUCUGAAUGAGAAGUUGCAGAUUCACCAGUGGAGCAAUGAAACAAUAAGGCGAAUUCGAAGGCAAGGUUGGUCUGUAAGAGGAGGUACGGUUACACGUUCAGUAGAUGUGAUGGUUACACCGCGCGUAGUGAAGGAAGCACGAGCACAUUUCGAUUGUCCACAACUUGAAGGGGCAGAACUUGAAGACCAAGGCGGUGAAGGCACUGCACUCACGCAUUGGGAAAAACGUAUACUCGAGAAUGAAGCAAUGACGGGAACUCAUACCCAAAGUCCUGUAUUUUCGAGAAUUACGUUGGCUUUGAUGGAGGAUAGCGGUUGGUAUAGAGCCGAUUACUCGUAUGCAGAACCUCUGAGUUGGGGACGAGGACUCGGCUGCGACUUUGUAAUGAAGAGCUGUAAAGAUUGGAUUAACACUAAAUUAGCAAGAAGCCGAUCAAUUCAUCCAUUUUGUGACAAAUUGAAACGGGAUCCUUUACAAACAGAAUGCACUGAUGAUCGAACAUCUGUUGCCUUGUGCAAUUUAGUAGAACACGCCGAAGAACUUCCAAGAAAAUAUCAGAAUUUUGAUGAAAUUAAUCACGUGGAAUCAGGACGAGAAGGAUUUUAUGGGGGAUCUGUAACAUUAUCCGAUUAUUGCCCAUAUAUACAAGAAUUUACGUGGAGAAGCAAAAAUGUUAUUGUGAGAGGUUCACACUGCCAAUUUGAAGAAAAUAAUCCAUCUAGCGAUAAAAAUUUUGCUUUGGAAAAAUAUGGUAUAUAUUCCAAAUGUUUUGAACAUACUGAUCAAAUGUGGGAGGAAAGGUCCUGCAAGCAAGUUCGACAGUGGCAACAUUGGGGCUCUGGAUGUUAUGAAUACAUGUGCGAGGAUGGACGACUUCACAUCAUGGUGUCCAACUACACAUACACUUGCCAUUAUCCAGGCCAAAAAUUGAACAUAAAAAUACUGAGCAAUGGUUGGCUGCACCGCGGAGCGAUUAUUUGUCCAUCUUGCCACGAAUUGUGUAAUGAAUAUUUUUCGAAGCAAAAUGAGAAGUGCAAGCCCGAUGAUGAGGCGCCCGCCACCCACCUAUAUCCACGAGAUUGGCUGACUUGUGGUGCAUAUUCCUUGGGAUAUAGUGAAACUUACGAAUAUUUUAUUGUAAGUACUUUGACAUUAUUAAUCGGAUUUAUUUCAAGUUCAUAG